CUCCAGUAGCUCUUGGUGAAGUAACUGACAGUGCAGGAUACCUGACACAUCAAAAUGAUGCCCAUGAUUUGAGCUUCUUUUAUUAUUUAUUUGUAAAGAUCAGGAUCGCUUCACCUGUGCUUUUCUUAGAACAACAUCACAAUGAGUGACUCAUCUUCCGAUUCACUAGUUUUGUGCACAUUGCAUAAUGAGGGUCUGAUACUCUACUGUAGGGACUGCAGGCUGUGCAUCUGUCCCGCGUGUUUGGUAAACGAAAGACAUCGCAGUCACUCACUCAUUUCCUUCAAAGAUGCAUGCAAAGCAGAGAAAGGGAUACUGGAGAUUAAGGCAAAGCAACUGAAGAAGAACCAAGAAAAGCUGCAGAAAAACUUGCAGCAGCUUUCUGCCAGCGAGAAAGAAGUGGAGGAAACAGUUGAAAAAGUGAAGAAUUCGGUGAAAGCCAUGUACGGAGAGAUGCGUGCGCUACUAGAGCAGGAUGAGCAAAACACAUACCGUCUGAUCGAGGCUGAGUACCACAACAUGCUGCGCCAAAUCCACAGCCGGGUGAAUGGGGGGUUCAAUUUAAUUGAGGCUGCCAUGAACGUGGUGGAAAACGUGGAGCACAUGGACAAUUUCAAGCUUGCUGAGUGCGGCAGCAUCAACAUACUGAUGGAGGUCAAUUCAAUGAAAACCAGUAUUGAAGCGUUCGAGGCCAUACAUAUAUCUUUAGGGAAGGAUGUCCAAGUUGACAACAAGAGGCUGAAGUCACUGGAGAAUUGUGUAGAUGAAAUCCUGAAGAGCACCAAGAAAUUCCUGCCGCGGCCUUGGCAAUACUCUGAGAACAUCACGUUCGACGAGAACACUGCUCACAGGAACCUGAGAGUCACAGAGGACCGGAGAGAAAUAAGGUUUGUAUCACAGGCCCAGAGCGUCCUGGAAAAGCCAGAGAGGUUCACCAAGACCCCCAAUGUCAUGGCAACUCAGAUCUUCUCCAGCGGUCGCCACUACUGGGAGGUUAUGCUCAAGGGCAAAGAAAACUGGGGUGUUGGGGUGGCUUACCCUACAAUGUCAAGGACUGGGACCAGGAGAGACAUGACAUUGGGUUUCAACAAGGAGUCCUGGGUGUUCCAGUUGUCUGAUGGAGAAUUUUAUGCCAUGCACAACGGAGAUGCCAUCCACCUGAUCUGCAAGAAGUUUCACCGCCUUGGGGUCUUCCUAGACUAUGAAGAUGGGAAGCUGUCCUUCUAUGCGGUAGACAACUUCUGUCUGUUGUACACCUUCAAAACCAAGUUUCGCAAGCCAGUCACUCCUGCCUUCAAGACAUAUGACAAGUCAAGUACCUGGCCCCUGGUAUUGUGCCCCAUGCUGCCAGAGCCUAAAGAGCCUGUGUCUGAUAUAGGAGAGCCUAAUCCUACAAAGGAGGAUUCUGUUAGCUAUUUCAGUGAGAGGCUCUGAGCCUGUAGGGUGUGCAAAGGCAAUCGGUGUUAUGGUGCUCCAUGUUAUGUAUUACAGAUGUAAAUAACCUGUACAAAAAUAAUUGUCAUCUUUACUGGCAACGUCUUAAAAAUAUAUAGGUAUAGGAGGCUGUGUGGUCCAGUGGUUAGAGAAACGGGCUUGUAACCAGGAAGUCCCUGGUUCAAAUUCUGGCUAAGCUACUGACUCAUUGUGUGACAUUGAGAAAGUCUCUUGUUCUGAAAUCAAUAAACUAUCAUGCAACCGUAUGGUUGAUAAAGGCUGCCAGUAUUACUUGUAAUACAUGAGAAACAUCUUGUAAAAUGUGGUACAUUGUUGAUAUACAAACUUAGAGUCGUAUUUAUUAAGACUAACAUAAUUGUAUUUGUUUUAGGGAUUGUAGUUCAUUAACAAACCAAUUUUCUUAUAAAAAUUGGUAAAGCAAGCCUUAUAAGGUAAUAAUUAAGUUGUGUUAAUUAAUUUUUAUUUAAGCUAAUCAGCUAAUUCAAGUCUUUUGUUAUGUUUUUCUUAGGUUUAUAGAUGACACACCCAAUAUUAUAUUCAGUACUUUUUGUUGUUCUGAUUAUUUUAGUAAAAUACUCUAAAUGGCUAAUUUAGAUUUUGAAGUAAUCCAAGUUCUAUGAAGCUUAUAAAAAGUAAGAUCUUCAGGGAUGGUAGGGUGUUUACUGAAUAACGAUUCCAUCAAUGAAAAGGACAGUUUACCUCCAAUUUGAUAGGGAAUUUCAAAGCACAAUGCAUAUGUACAUGGUGUCCAUCUUUCUUCUUUUUUCUUUUUCUUAUAUUUUUUUAAUCGAAGGUUUCAUGUGGAAGAUAUUGUUCUUGUUGACUGGUUUAUGUAUUUCUUGUGUGUGUACAAUAAUCGAACUGUGGUGUUUUCUGAAGACGCACCUGUAAUGUGCAAAUUAGAAGAUGUUUGAUCAAGUUUAUUUUAUUUUCAGUAAACAGUUGACAGCUUUCUUUUUGUAUUGUACAUAUAAAAUAAAGGCUGUAAUACUC